UGCACCAUAUCUACUUGAUUUAUGUUUCCUCUCGGUCAAGUGGGAGUCUUUAAAACACCGCGGUCGGUUGUAGCUGUUUGUUAAACCGGCAUCAUGGCGACAGAGAGAGAUGUUCUGGUGGCCGCCGCUGUUUUUGUUUUUGCCCUCGUUUCACACAGCGAGGGUAUAAUUGGUGGCAGAGAGGCAGCGCCACACUCUCGGCCCUACAUGGCCUCCAUCCAGGUGCCAGAAGGAGAGAAUAUGAAGCACGAGUGUGGAGGGUUUGUGAUUGCAGAUCAGUGGGUGAUGACUGCAGUGCACUGUCUGCCAACAGGGCCAAAUGGAAGGAAAGUGGUGCUGGGCGUUCACUCUCUGAGCGAACCUGAAGACACGAAGCAGACGUUUGAUAUUUUGGAGCUUCACAAUCACCCAGACUUCAGCCACGUUAAUUAUGAUAAUGACAUUGCUUUAAUCAAGCUGGAUCGUCCAUUUAACGCCACUGAAGCUGUUCAGUCUGUGCAGUACCUGCGAGCAGGCGGCACGAACCCCGACACAGAUGCAGAGGUGGAAACAGCCGGCUGGGGAUCCCUGGAUAACCUGGGGUCCAGACCGGAUAAGCUGAAGGAGGUGGUCCUGGAGAUCGUCAGCUGGCAGCGGUGCAGACGCUCUGAUUACUUCGGCAGAAAGUUCACCAGUAACAUGAUGUGUGCACAUAAAGUGUGUCCAGACCCCUGCGACAAACCCCUGAAGAAAGAAGACACUUGUGAUGGCGACUCUGGCGGUCCUCUGCUCUACAACGGCAUCGUGGUGGGAAUCACUUCCAACGGAGGAAGAAAGUGUGGCCAGUUGAAAAAGCCUGGAAUUUACACCGUCAUCUCGCACUACACCGAGUGGAUUGACGGUAUCAUGAGCCCACAGACCACUGCGGCGCUGGAACCAAGCAGUUAAAUCAAGGAGAGCAGGCGGCCAUGUUUCUGCCACGUUCCUGCUUCAACCUACUGAGUUUUGUUAUUCUUCUUGUAUAUUAAAGUGUUUACAGUGUAUGUUUAUGUUCUGAUUAACCACAAUAAUACAUUUCACAACAUUUUAUCAACUCACAUUAUAAAGAAAUCAAUAAAAAAGACAGUCGAUCUCA